GGCUCAAAAUAUUUUAGGGUGGACCGAGCCCACGCCAGCCCACCUGUGGCGCCGCCACUAAUUGUGUUCCUUUUUAGAUAAUAAAAAGUCGUUCACAAAAUCCAAUACAAGAUGAAUCGAACGAUUCUCAAUCUAUUUGUAUUAAUCCACAAUUGAUUUCAAACGAAUCACGACAACGAAAAUCAUAUCUAUCUUACGUGCAAAAGCAGGGAACAUCUCAUAAUUCAACUAAUUUAAAUAAAAUAUUGCGUAGAUCAAAUACGAUGUUAAGAAGAGAUUCGAAUGCUGUUGUGUUAUCUCAUUCUUCAAUUAAUCUAGGGCGUGGUCAACAUGUGAUGAAUCAAUUUCAACCCACUCGUAUAAUUGCAAAUCGAAAUGGUAGGCAAUAUAUUGAAGAUAUGAAUGAACGUAUUGAAAAACGUUUUGUUCGAUGUACUAAUGAUUUUGGAGAAAAGAAAUAUUUUGAAGUAAUCGAUAUAAUACCGAUAAAAACUGUUCAACGAUAUAACCAGUCAAAUGGACAAAAUAAUUUAACACCGUUAAGAAGCAGUCAAUAUGGUGGACAGAUACCAAUGAUUAAUUUUCGUCGACCAAUGCCCACAACACAACUUAUGGAUUUUGUAGAUUUGGAAGACCCAGAACAGGUACAUGCCGAAUACCAUCGCUAUUUAUCCGCUGAUAGAGACCAUAAUAUGAAUGAAUUACCAUCCGUACAAAAAUCUUUGCCAUUCAGAAAUCAUUCCCCUUCAAUAAAUGCUGGCAAUGUAACCAGUCAUAUUUCGGGUCCAAACAAUAGUUAUUCCAAUAGACGUACACCGUCUAUAACGAGUAGCUCGAGUGAUUCAAAAAUUUUUCAUCCUGGGCGUAUACCAUCAUCAUCACCAAUUACUACUCAAAUUAAAAAUAAUCCUGCGUUUUCUGACGGAUCGGAAAGUAGUAUACUAUCUCAUGAGUCCGAUGUGACUCCAACAAAUCAAUUGAAUAAGGGUCAAAAAAAAUCCACUACAAAAGUUACAAGUCCGAUUAGUAGAUCAACUGACGACAAUUUUAAACUUUUUCCAGAAAAACAGGAACAAAACAGGCAAAAGGGUUUAUAUACGGGAAAGAAAAAAAAUGUUUAUGAAUCCGGAAAUAGAGGCACAACUGUACAUAAGUCUACAUAUACGCCCCAUAUACGACCAGUCAAGCCACUCACAAACGCUGUUGGUGGUAAUCAGUAUUCAUUAAACGAAAAGAGAAAUUCGCGUACAAGUAUGAGCAGUAUUGGAUAUUCAUAA